AUGUCAAUAGUCGAUCCAAAUCAGAUUUCUCAAUAUCAUCAAACAAUAGUCAUUGGUUCUGGAAUAGCCGGUUCAAAACGUAUCGGUGGUCGCAUCCUCACCGAAUACUUAGAUGAAGAUUUAUCAAAACCACUUGAAAUGGGUGCAUGUUGGAUGCAUGGUUUACAAGAUAAUCCAGUAUAUGAAUUAGCUGUACGUGAAAAAUUUCCACAACAUACAGGUACAAUACUUAAUUUUGAUAUUGGUACAUGUGUUGAUGAAAAUGGUUUACAAAUAUCAAGCGAAUUACAUAAUGAAGUUGAUCAAUUUUUUGAAAGUUUAUUACAAGAUACAAGAGAUUUAUUUGAAUUUCAACAAAAAAAUAAUACACAAAUAUCAUCAAUAAGUAUACACAAAGUUUUUCUGGAAAAAUUUCAAAAUUUUUUAAAUUCAAAUGGUGGAGAUAAUGCAACACGUUCAUUAAAACUUAAAUUACUUCAACGAAGAUUUGAUCAAGAAACAGGUGAAUGUGGUUGUCAAUCAAUGGAACAAGUAUCUUAUUCAGAAUUUGGUUCAUAUCAACGACCAAAAGGUCCCGAUAUGGAAUUUCCAUCUGGUUAUUCAACAUUAAUUCGUUAUUUAUGUUCCCAAAUACCACAAAGUUGGAUUUUAUUUGAACAAUUUGUUGAAAAUAUUUCAUGGGAUACAGAUAAUCAUGUUAAAAUUACAUGUGCCAAUGGAAAUAUUUAUGAAUGUGAUCAUGUUAUUUGUACUAUUCCAUUAGCUGUUAUGAAAUGGAGUUAUAAAUCAUUAUUUAGUCCAGCUUUACCAGCAUGGAAAAUUGAAGCAAUACAAAAAAUGGAUAUGGGUACAGUUGAUAAAAUCUAUUUAUUUUAUGAACAAUUAAACUUUUUUAAUGGUGAUUCAUUAGCUAUUGUUUAUGAUAGACAACAUGAUACGUUAGAUAUAAAAAAAGAAUGGUAUAAAAAAAUAUUCUUAUUUCAAAAAGUUUAUGAUAAUGUUUUAUUAUGUUGGAUAACGGGUGAUGAAGCUAUUUUUUGUGAACAAUUAGAUGAAAAAUAUAUUGGUGAUGUAUUAACAAAUCUUUUUCGAAAAUCAUUAAAAAAUAUUAAUAUACCAACACCAACAAAAGUUGUUCGAACUCAAUGGUUUUCAAAUCCUUGUGCAAAAGGUUCAUAUUCAUACGUACCGGUUGGUGCAUCAUCUUGUCAACAUAUUCAUGAUUUGGCUGAACCAUUAAUGGCUCAUAGCAAACCGCGAGUACUAUUUGCGGGUGAACAUACCCAUACUCGCUUUUAUUCAACUGUCACUGGUGCAUUUAUAACUGGUCAAGCACAAGCAUUACAAGUAGCAAAACAAUUAACUACAAAUAAUGAUACUGAAAUGUUAGUGAAAGCUAAUACGGAUGAUUUUAAUAAAAUUCAAUGGAAACGUGAAGAACCACCCUGA